AUGGCCUCAUCAGCUAUCUCAUCCUUUCUCUUCCCCACCUGUGCAAUCAUGCAGUCACAGGCCUUGGCCAAGCGCCCUGAUGGGCAAUUGAUGCCUCCACCUCCUCUACCUAAACGAAUUAAGCGGCCUGCCAUAGCUCUAGAUGAAGAUGUCUACACAGAAGCACUUUCGCAAAUUAUUGCACGCGACUUCUUCCCCGGUCUCCGUGAAAACAAAGCAAAACAGGAAUACCUCAAUGCAUUGGACUCAAACGACAAGGAGUGGAUCCAUACAUCUCGUAAAGCAUUGCUAGAGGUCCUCAACCCAAGAUCAUGUGCCCAAAAUAGGAGCUCUAUCCCCGGCACCCCUCAGCAUGGGUCGGCAGAGCAGACCCCUCGGGGCUGGGGUGGAGAUACUCCAAUGUCAGUGGUCUCGGCGGCUAGUUUAGGCUCAUAUGAAAAGGGCUUGAAGGUUCCCGAUGUGUCUAAAAUGAGCCUUUCUGCUUUCCAAAGCACUUACACCAGUGAAGAUAACGAAUCUUUCAAUAAAGUCCUGGACAAACAAAAUACCAAGCGCAGGGAGAAAAGUGCGUGGAUAUGGAAUGAGAACAAACUUCCCUCCAAACGCCAGAUUGCGCAGAGCAAGGUGGAGAGAAUUACUUCUUCAGGCGACAAUACGACCUUGAUAACAACCGAUCUCGACGCUCGACCAGCCAUGCCUGAUAGUUGGAAAUACCAACCUAAAAACACUAUCAUGUUCCAGCCAUCUGGUAUCGAAGACACACAUGAAACCCUCGCGCAAAAGAGAGAAUCGGAGUCACGAGCUGCACCCAUGCAAACUGUUUAUCGCAACACUAGGCUCAUGGACGCCGCCUCCUCGGCCGCAGAGUCAGUUCCGGAAUCACCCUCCAUGUCAGCCAUUGAUGAUGCGAUCAUCGGCAACCCCCGCUUCAGAGCAUCUGAAGGUCCCCGUUCUCCCAAAUACACAGUCAUGGAUGGCGCGAGAGCCACGGCAGUUCAACUCGGCGAGACGCCCCGCGUCAACGGCUACGCAUUUGUAGAUGAAUUUGAUCCCGAGCCAACCCCCAGACCCCAAACACGCGGGAAAGAGCGCGAAGCCUCACCUACUACCAAACUGGACUGGAGCAUUCUCGGACCAAGCUCUGCAACACCCAACCCUUUUAAACUUGGAGAAACUGGCCGCCGCGAGGCAUUGCAUCAUCGCAUCGUGGACCGUAGUGCUCGCAGAACCCGUGUUGAAAAGGCCGCGCGUAAUGCUAAAACACCAGCUUCUGCAAUCCCACAUUUCUCCAGAACCCCUGGUCUAACCCCUGCCCGGACCCAUACACCUUCUCCGCAUGAGCAGAUGCUUACACCUGCGGCGCAACGAUUGUUGUCGUCAUUUGGUGGAAAUUCCCCUCGACCUUCGGGUCCAGCGUGGACUCCCAUUAAAAAACUACAUUAUACUCCGAAGCAGACUCCCAAGAUGACUCCCAAGGGGAAGUAA